AUGGACCAGCAAGCGAUCCUCGCGAUGUGCCGCGCGAAGACGUCCGGCUCGAGUAUCGCCACGGGCGUUCUUGAGGACAGAGCGACAGCAUUCUCGCUAAUAUACCAGCGGCGGCUCUGGGGCACCGGCGAGUCUGCGUCGGGACCUGGGAGCAGUGUAGCGAAUGCCCAAGGCGCCGCCCGUGCAGUGGCGGAGGUGGUCCGUUCGAAUGGCGUGAAGAGCCUGAUCGACGUUGGCUGCGGCGAUCUGAACUGGCUGGGCCCAGAACUCGCCUCGUUCCCACUUCUCCACGUCACUGCCAUCGACAUCGCGGCCGCCGCCUAUGCCUCGGCGUCGGCGGACCCGCGUUACGCGGCGGUCGCCUUCCGGGCGCACGACGUGGUGGCCAGUCCGCUGCCCGUGGCCGCCGAGCUUUUGCUAUGCCGGCAAUGCCUCAACCACAUGAGCGCCGAAGACGCGGUCCGGGCACUGAGGCACAUCGCGCAGAGCGGGGCGCGGCUCCUGCUCCUCUCACACUACGCGCGGGGCGACAACUCCGCCGAGAUGUUGACCGUCGGCGUCAAGUAUCGCUCCUGGAACCUGCAGCAGCCGCCUUUCUCGGACCUCCUCCCGCCGCCCGAGAAGUGCUUUGAGGACGAGUACAACGAGGAGCAGCGCCCGAACCCGAUGGUGCUCGCCUUGUACCGGCUGGGGCUGCAGUGA